AUGAAUGCACUUAUUUUGCGUGUCUUCACUGGCUUACUGACAGUGGUCGAGUUUAGAGUUUUUUCCUGGGCUGCAAAGAAUCAGACGGAAACCCCAGUCAGACGUUUCCUGUUUAAUAGCCCUUCCAAAAUCUGCUAUGAAAAGUACGGCUGCUUCAAUAAACAACCCAAUGUUCGGUGGGGCCUGAUUCCGAUUAAACCUAGUCUGCCACAAGAGCCAAGUGUUGUUGGCACAACAUUUGACAUGUACACCAGGAACGGGCGUGGAAGAGUAAAUGAUUAUGAUGCAGAUAAAUUGAAGGCCCCAAAAUUUGAUAUCGCGCGGCGAACAAUCUUCGUGAUUCACGGCUGGAGAGGAAAAUCAACCAAGGACUGGGUCAUUGAAAUGAAAGAUGCCCUUUUACGACGAGAAGACUGCAAUGUGAUUUUGGUGGACUGGUCUGGAGGAGCAAAAACACUUUAUGGACAAUCUGUAGGCAAUACCCAGCUCGUUGGGGCUCAGGUAGCAGAGCUGAUAAGGUUCUUGAUUAAGAGCGCUUCAGGGUCACCUGACUCGGCUAAAAUGUUCUAUAUUGUGGGAUUUAGCCUUGGUGGACAAACCGCAGGGUUUGCCGGGAAGUAUUUAAAGGAGAAAGCUCGAAUGACACUUGGUCGUAUUACAGGACUGGACCCAGCUGGUCCUGCUUUUGACGGCAUUGCUGACCCUCGCUUCCGCCUGGACCCAAGUGAUGCUGAAUACGUUGACGUCAUACACACCGACAUGCACAAGAGCAGCGGUUUUGUCGGUUUUGGUAUGCGCGAUGAGGCCGGUCACGCGGACUUUUUUCCGAACGGAGGCAUUGAUCAGCCUGGUUGUCUACGACAUAUGGCUAUGUUAGCAUUCACUAAGACAGUGAAGUGUGACCAUCAGAGGGCUUGGAGAUACUACACUACAUCAGUGGAAAAUCCCCUCAGCUGGGAAGCAUAUCCUUGCAAUGAUUACAAAAACUGUGAGAACGGAAAGACCACGGCUUGCGUUGGUGAGUGCCCGUCUAUGGGAUAUGGCGCCGACAAAACGAAGCCAACCGGCAAAUUUUAUCUAAAGACAUCCGCCAAAGCUCCAUUUCAUGGAUUGAGCUCAGACGCCUCUGUGGGGGGAAAUAAUAUGGGAUCCGGAGUCCCUGAGUAAAACAUCUGCUACUUCACGUCUGGCAUGGACAGGAAAUAAGUUUCCUUGGUUUAUUCUUGCGUUGUUUUAUUUUUCCAUUGUGUAAGAUGAGAAUAUCGAGACUUUCUUCUGUCAACAACAAACUAAAGAAUAUAGAGAAAUAUGUUUUUUCGUCUUUUCACGUAUGUGGGACUAAGAAAAAAACAUCUUUCUCUAUUUCAAAAUAGAGAGCUCAAAACUUACCCCAUCUCUUACUCGCUUUGAAAGGAUAUAAUUUAGAAGAUUAUAUGGAUUGCCACGGAAAGUGAAAUAAGAAAGAAAUAUGAAAGGGUAACAUUCUGUGGGGAUGGCAUUAAGAAUAAUAUAAAACUAUAGAGAUUCCCUUGGACUCACUAGACAUUCACUGUGGCAAAAA